AGCUCACAGCUCGAUCGAACGACAACUCCAUUAUCAGUAACUCACAAGUAGCUGCGCUUGGCGCACGUCUCUCACCAAGAGCUUGCCGUCUUGGCUUUAAUUCCUCAGAAGCUUCCUUCUUUCUGUGCUGUGUGUUGUACCAAGUCCCUCAGGGAUAGGGUAUAAAGAAUUCGUCGCGAAUGUUUCUCAUCUAAUUGAGAGCUACUUAAUCCACCCGUUUUUUUUCUGUAUUUAGUGGUUUAAAUUCUGUUUUUUUUUUGUUUUAAAUAAAAUAUUAUCCCGUCUAAGGGUUCCCAUUUUCAAAGAAACAGUUACACAAAAAAAAAUCAAGUGCAAAAGUCAUGAAUUGAGCUUAAUAAAAAAUUCUGUAAAUUAUCUCUUUGGUGCUUUUGCGGUGAAUAUUUCACCAACUUUCACAAUUUCCAACUCAUAUCGAGUCAAGAAAAAAGGGAAUUAUAUAUGUGAUGAGUUAGUCCUUCUAAAAGAAGAAAAAUACCUAAUUAAUUUAAAAACAAAUUGAAUCUACUUCCUCAAACCUAAAAGUAUCGUGUGCGUGAAUUGUGCAAUAUAAAAUCUCAACAUUUUCACUUCCUCCACAUUAUACUCGCAGAAAAGAAUAAAAAUCCUUAACAAUGCCUGUGAACUACGAUAUGGUGAUUUCUCAGAGCCCUCCGGUUUUUAGUCACAGUCCACCGACCGGAUUUCUCAGUGAUUGCACAGUAAAUUUUAGACGACCUUUCGAAACACCAUGCUACCGGCCAGCAGUGCUACUGGCAUCGCCAACAAACCAAAGGAAGAACACGCUAUCCAUUAAGAUGGCAAACCUGCCCAAGCGAUCGUGUCUCAUUACCCACGCCGAUACCAACACUCUCAGCACAUCUUGCCAGACUGGUGGUGCAAAGAGUGAUUCUGAACCCAGUGGACGGAUAAAGAAGCGCGUGAUAUUUGCCGAUGAUAAAGGCUUGGAGCUUGUGCAGGUAAAAGUGAUGUCGGAGCCAUCGAAUGUGCCACCCUUUUGGAGCCUUCAGUUCCUAGCGCACGUGACGCAGGGUAUGAUAAGUCCUGUCCCACCAGAACAGUGGGUUGUGGACUUUCAGCAACCAGCCUCUGACUACUUAGCAUUCCGGCAAAAAUUAGAGGAGAAAAAUGUGUCUCUGGAGAAUGUGAUUGUGAAGGAGAAUGACUCAAUUGUUGUGGGAACGGUGAAAGUGAAGAAUCUACAUUACACCAAGGAGGUAAUCGUCAGAGCCACGUGGGAUAGUUGGAAGAGUCAGGAGGACAUUUUCUGUGUGUUCUCCAAGGUGGCUGGUGCAUCGGGUGCGUAUGUCCUGUAUGACACCUUCUCGUUCCGCCUGACGCUUCCACCUGCCUCCAAAACUCUGGAAUUCUGCGUGUGCUACCGCUCCAAUGGCUUAGAGUACUGGGACAAUAAUGAUGGCCACAACUACACGCUGUCCAAGCGUCUAUCUGACAAGCCGUCCGAUACCUUCAUGAGCUUCGAUCGUACAAAGGCACAGCAAAAGUGUAGCAUCAGCUCGGGGCAGCAGGGUAUCAAAGUGCCCUCGUGGUCAGAAGUGAGUUCAUGGAAUCAAACGGAUAGUCCCUACUGGCUUAAGGACAUAACAUGGAGGUCUACUCUUAAAGAACUUCCCCAGAAUCGUAUAAUAUUCAGCGAGAGAUGAUUAAUUGUAAAUAUCUUAAAGUUUAAAAUACAUAAUCGCAACUCAAAGUUGAUGAUUCGUUAAAAAAACUAAAAUUGUGAAAAGAAAGCAUACUCAAAAUAUAUUUUUUACCUGAUAGUUUCUUU